CCACACCCAUUUUCUUCAUGUCGGUCAUAACAGUGUUAUAUAGUUAUGACGAUGUACGGUUCGUGAAUCUGUGUGACCUCAUUCUCAAAAUUCGGUAAAAGCUUUCGCUUCUCUGUUGUCAACGUCUGUCGUCGAGACGAGAAAGUCCUCUUGUUGAUUGUCGAACCUCUUAAAAAGUGUCACCAGAUACUGAAGAUUUUCAUGGACGUCUGCGUAAAAACAUGGAUUACUUUCAUCUUCUUUUGCGCUGUGGUGAUAAAAAACGCCCAGCUGUUGUAUAACGGCCAGUAUGGUAGAUAUCCCAAUCCUAGUUUACAGACUCCAACAAAAGGGCACAAUUCCGGCUUAGAAAAAGCAAAAGCUUCUUCUGAGUCAAAGCCCCUUUCUGGUCCGACGGAUACCUUCUACACUAUUUUCUAUUCCCUGCCUCAACCUAGAAGCAGAGGUGGUAAGAAUUUGAAUUUCACUCUUCCUGGAUCGUCAGAAGAAGGUUAUGGUAUACAAGCAAGGAUCGUUAAUAAUCCAAACCUGUAUCUACGCUUACCUUCCUUCCCUAUUAGAUCUACCAACACUAGAGACAAUCGGCGGAUCUCAAGGAAGACGUAUGGUAAAACUGAUAAUUCCGAUUUCAGCUCUCGCGAUCAACAAUUGUUAGAAAGACUGGAUAGAAAUCAUCCCCCAGAUCCAUUUAACAAAAUCGGCCUGAAACAAAUAAGAAUUGCUACAAGUUCUGCUAAGCCCACAUCGAAUAAAAACAACAUCGAUCUGAAUCCACCAUCUGUGUCAUUAGCUAAAACAUUCAACAGGACGAUAAGUAGUGCUACGUUAGCUUAUGCUCGCAGACAAUAUGAUGGCAAACCAUACUCAUCUUGUGUUUGUGUUCCUUAUUUUUUGUGCAAAAAUGGCUUCGUAAAUUCAGGCGGUAGGUACAUAACAGCUGACAAACGGAGCACCAAGUCUUCACCUCUUCGGAAUAAAUCUCUCAUUCUAUUCAACGGCGAGCCAAAAAUCAUGCACCAGUACACAGUAAGGAAUAAUUCGUCUCCGAAUGUAUGUGAAGAAGAUACGGUUUGCUGUCAGUUGACUUUUCCCGAGGAAAAUGAUGACGCCGAUUUAUAUCCGGUAGCUACACCUAUUCCUGAUAGUGCUAGUUUCCCGGACAAAAGGAAAGAUCACAACGUCUGUGGCAUUCGCAAAGCAUACGGCGUUCAAAGCAGAUUAAGCCAAUUACAAUACCCUCCCGAUGUUUCCGAAUUUGGAGAAUAUCCAUGGCAGAUUGCAGUUCUGAAAAAAGUGGAAGGUGAGAAAAAUCUAUACCUCUGUGGAGGUGCCUUAGUUUCUCCUCAAUGGGUAGCUACGGUUGCUCACUGUGUCCAAAAGGAAGAAAUAGCACGGCUCUUGGUCCGGCUUGGGGAAUGGGACGUCAAGAGGAAAGAUGAAAUAUAUCCAUUCGUUGAAGAAGAUGUUACAGCUAUCCUUAUUCAUCCAGAGUUUGAUGAGGAGACUCUAGAAAAUGAUCUAGCAUUGCUUCGAAUUCGGACUCCAGUAGAUCCUAAAAUUCCUCAUAUAAGCCCAGUCUGCUUACCUUCAUAUGGACAAGCGUUCGAAGGACAAAGAUGCUGGGUCAGUGGAUGGGGAAAGGAUUUCUUUGGUCCUCAAGGAGAAUACCAAAAUGUCUUGAAAGAGGUAGAUGUUCCUGUUUUGAAUUAUGACAUUUGCAACAAUGAACUACGUAACACGAAAUUAGGACCUGCUUAUAUUUUGCACCCUAGCUUCCUUUGUGCCGGCGGAGAAGAAGGCAAAGAUGCGUGCACGGGUGAUGGCGGUAGUCCUUUGGUUUGCAAAAGUGGAAGAAAAUGGUACGUAGCAGGUCUGGUUUCCUGGGGUAUUGGUUGUGGACUGCCAGGUGUACCUGGAAUUUACAUCAACAUACAAUAUUACCUUAACUGGAUAAACAGUGUAAUAUGGUUGUGAUCACGUCUCUCUCUCUCUCUCUUUCUAUAUAUAUAUAUAUAUAUACAUAUGUGUGUAUGUAAGAUACGCGAGAAAGUUCUUAUAAUGUAUGCAAAAUCAUCAAGAUGUUGCACAAUUGUGAAAAAUUGUACUUAAUGGUGAUUACUUGUUCGUAAUAAUUUUGUACAAAAUAAAGCUGCUG